UGGGUUUGCCCGAAAAGUCAUUGUACAGUACGGUUCUGUUUCUCAUCCAACCCUCUCCAACGUCUUCAAGACCCUCAAGACCACAAAAUGGUGAGAUAUACGUCCUCUUAUGGUCCUCGGAGCUCUUCUUUUGCGCUAUACAUCUCAUAGAGCGCUUUAAUGAGAUGGAUGGUGAGCUAUGCACAAAUAUCGCGACUCUUUUGAGUCUGCGUUCUUAUUGCUGAGCCUGUAGAGGCGAUGAAGCAUAGUGCUGGGCUGUCCGCAGACAGCGCUAGAGCUCCGAGCGGCAACUAUGGAACAAAAUUCGACCAGUUGCUGACUCGUCUCCAUGACCAGCCCAAGGCCAAAUCCGGAACUGGCAAGAAGCCCGCUGCUGCCCCCUUCGGUGCUAGCAAGGCAACCAAGGCCAAGAAAAACCCUCUCUUUGAGGCCCAUUCCAAAAACUUCGGUAUCGGACAGGACAUACAACCUACCACCGACUUGACCCGUUUCGUGAAAUGGCCUGCAUACGUUCGCCUUCAACGUCAAAAGGUUAUCCUCAACCAACGUCUAAAGGUUCCUCCCGCUAUCGCCCAAUUCUCCCACACCUUGGAUAAGAACACCGCUACACAACUGUUCAAGCUCUUGAACAAGUACCGACCCGAGUCUAAGGUUGAGAAGAAGGCCCGUCUCCAGGCCACUGCUGCCGCCGUUGCUGAGGGAAAGAAGGAGGAAACCAAGAAGCCUCUUUUCGUCAAAUAUGGCUUAAACCAUAUCGUCGCCCUCAUUGAAGCCAAGAAGGCAUCUCUGGUCGUGAUCGCUCACGAUGUCGACCCCAUUGAACUUGUUGUCUUCCUUCCUGCUCUUUGCCGUAAGAUGGGUGUCCCGUACGUUAUUGUCAAAGGCAAGGCGCGUCUCGGUACUGUCGUUCACAAGAAAACGGCCGCGGUCGUUGCUCUCCAGGACGUCAAGUCCGAGGAUCAGCGUGAGCUCGCCACCAUCGUAAGCGCAGCAAAGGCCAACUUUUCUGACAAAUAUGAAGAGCACCGUCGUCAAUGGGGUGGAGGUAUUCGUGGAAACAAGUCGGCUCAGAUGCUUCGCAAGCGUGCGAAGGCCUCUGGUCAGAACGUUUCUGCUGCUAACGUCACCAAGCUUUAGAGCUUCUAUCUGGGAUAUCGGUGGACCUCUGUAUGGUAGCUCUGUAUGCGUUGAUAUGCUAUGGGUCGUAUGUUCUACAUGAUUAAACAGCGAGAUUUCACAAUGCCUGGUAAAGCCUGAUAGUGUGUUGUGGCAGGUUUCAUGGCGCGAUCUGGCGCAAUAUUCAUGUAAUGGGAAUGAUCUACGAAUUCUCAAG